AAGGUAGUCUAGAUAACCAUUUUCUUUUAUCCUGUUAUGUGUCGGGAAAAGUAUAAAACAUGGCCAUAUACUCCUGCCGUAAAGGCGUGUGCCGUAUUGCAGUGUGUAUGUUGUUGUCAGACGCCGCACCUGCUGCAGGAUGUGGCCGUUUAACUGGGUCGUUUUGGCGUUUUUGGUACCGUUCGCCGGGAAGUCCAAGACGCUUGCCCUUCAGGAUGUUACGACCGACCUGUUCGGUGCCGAAAACAACGGCACAGUGGCGGCGUUCGGUGAUUUCAACGCCGAUAAACAGACGGACAUCUUCAUUAUAAGGGAACAGUCUGAGCUGGUGAUCUUCUUGGCUGACUCCAAAGCACCUUACUUCAAACCCAGGGUGCACAUCUCCAAAGGCAUCCUGCCAAGUGAUACUGUCCUCACCAGUGUGGUCCCUGGCGACUAUGAUGGAGAUUCCCAGAUGGAUGUUCUCCUCACAGCUCAGAUUAACUUAAUGGCAUCUUCUGUUUUCAUCUUUUGGGGCGACAACCAGACAUUAGACACAGACGGUUGGAUCAGGCUGAACAAAACCUUCAGAGAUCAACCUCUUGUCAUGGACUUUAACGGCGACAUGAUCCCAGACAUAUUUGGCGUGACAGGGCAGGCAACCACAGAGUAUUGCUCUCUAACCAACAGGAUGGCGGUGUGUCAGAGUGCUCUGAGUUCACCCAUCAAUAUGCGCAUCCCUCACGCCAACGCCUUCAUUGACCUCAACAAGGACUUAACUGCUGAUUUAUUCCUGACAACCGACGGGCCCAAGUUUGAGACCUGGAUCAGCAAGGAUGGCAAUUUCACCCGAGCAGAGGUUCUCCCUGAAGACCCGCCCUUCCCCACUGUGGGCCAGUCCUCCUUUGCGGAUUUCGAUGGCGACGGCUACCAGGAUCACCUCCUUCCCGUGUGCUUGGAUGAAGGCUGCCAGCGUAGCGCCAUUUACCUGGCCAAGUCCGGCUCCAAAGAGUGGGUCCCCGUGCUGUCAGAUUUCCAGCAAAGGGGGGGGACAGUCUGGAGCUUCGUGCUGGGGAAGCCCAGCCAGCCCCUGUCCCUCCACCUGGGGGACUACAACCUGGACGGCUUCCCGGACGCUCUCGUGGUCCUGCGGAACACCAGUGGCAGCGCCCAGCAGGCCUUCCUGUUGGAGAACGUGCCCUGCUCCAUCCCCAACUGCCAGAGCGUCGGCAGGAUGUUCAGCGUCCACUGGGACCAGUCGGACCUGGGCGCCAUCCCCAACGCCAUCAUGGCCACCUUCUUUGACAUCUACGAGGACGGCAUCUUGGACAUGCUGGUGGUGAGCCAGGCGGAGGGCAGGAGAGACUUGAUCAUCCACGCUUUGAAGAACAACUUUGAAGCCGACGCCUACUUUGUGAAAGUGAUGGUGCUCAGCGGCCUCUGCUCCAACGCCUGUCCAGGAAACAUCAAGCCGUUUGGUGUGAACCAGCCGGGCCCGUAUGUCAUGUACACCACGCUGGACUCCACCGGCAAGUUGAAGAACGCCUCAGCCGGUCAGCUGAGCCAGUCCGCCCACUUCUCCCUCCAGCUGCCCUACACCGUGCUGGGCCUCGGACGCAGCGCCAACUUCCUGGACCACCUCGUCGUCGGCAUCCCUCACAGGCCCGGAGAGAUGGAGUCCAGGAAGCAGGAAUGGACGGCCAUCAUUCCCAACUCUCAGCUCAUUGUCAUCCCCUACCCGCACGACCAACCCAGCAGUUGGAGCGCCAAACUCUACCUGACGCCCAGUAACAGCGUGCUGCUGACCGCCAUCGCCCUCAUCGGCGUGUGCGUCUUCAUCCUCGUCAUCAUUGGCAUCCUCCACUGGCAAGAGAAGAAAGCAGACGACCGAGAGAAGAGGCAGGAAGCCCACCGCUUCCAUUUCGAUGCCAUGUGACGUCCUCACCUGGGACCCCCAGUAUCGCCCCUGCCCCCAAAACUAGCCCCCCCCUUUACCUGCCUCGCCCCCUUUAAUCUGCCAACCUUUAACCAAUCCCCCCAGUUACCUCCUUUACCAGCCAGCUUUUAGCUUCUCCUCCAUCCCAGCACUCUAAAAUUGCUUCUUUUACGGUCCCAUUUUCCAGCCCCCUUUGUAACCACCUUCAUCGGACCCCGCCCCAUACCACUUCCCCCUUAACUUAACGCCCUUUUAAGCCCAGCCCCCUUUGCUCCCCCCUCCAUUUGGCUCUGUUUCCAUGUUUGCUGGUUCCCUCGCUCCUUCUGAAGGCCAAAACAACCUGUCUUAGUUUUCCAUCAUUCCCACUUUUGGGAUGAAAGGUGGACUCUUCCUGUUUCCCACCCGUUCAACUCGCUGGGCCGUGUGACCAGCGUGUUGGCGUGUUUUCACCAUUUUCCAUGGAAUGGAAGUUUUUUUUGUUGGAUUUUUUCCCAACAUCUGUGCUGACCAAAGCUUUCAUCGGGUCAUCAAGUCAUCGCCAGAACUGGUCUUGGAAAAGCUCAUCCGGCCCAAGAGCUUUCCGUUUGUUCCGGGUUUUUUUCUCUGUGAAGACAUUUGCACUAACAAAGAACUCGCUCGCGUGUCGUCUAUUUAUUUGCCCACAAACUCCAUGUCAACAAUAAACACCUUGAUGAACUUGUGCGUCUU